ACCCCCAGAGCUGCUGCUGGCUGCUCAGAGUGAAGCGGAGCCCGGCGGCAGUGGCGGCGGGUCGGUCACUCUGUCAACCCCGAGGACAGCGAGCGGAGGAGCGGCGGAGCAGAGUGGGAGUCUCCGGUCUCCCUGCGGAACUUUCCCCGGCUUCAGCGCUCUCCCAUCGGCGGCUGCCGCUCCGCAGCGCUGCCUGGACGAAUAACGGAGUUGUAUGAAAGUGGGAUAAGUUGCGUUUCCGGCAGCCUGACAACCCCCACGAUGAAGAAGAACAGCUCCGGGAAACGGGGUCCGGCGGACCCCGGCCAGCAGAACCCAGCGCCGGACAAAACGGGCUGGAUCAGGAAGUUCUGUGGGAAGGGGAUCUUCAGGGAGAUCUGGAAGAACCGCUUCGUGGUUCUGAAAGGAGACCAGCUGUUCAUCUGUGAGAAGGAGGUGAAGGAACUGGGCCGGGCCGAUGAAGUUCUGGACCUGUCCGACUACGAACGCUGCGAAGAGAUCAGGAAGAACAAGAGCCGCAGCAAGAAGAACCACAGCAAGUUCAGACUGCAGCGCUGCAGCUCACCCGGCAACACGGUGCCCAAUCAGGUGUUCCUGGCCGUCAGCCCAGAGGAGAAAGACUCCUGGAUCAACAUCCUGAACACGGCCAUCACCAGAGCCAAGAACCGGAUCCUGGAUGAGGUGAUGGUGGACGACUCCCAGCUGUCUCACCUGACCAGAGACAGAGUGAAGAUCCCUCACAACCGCAGGCUGCCCACUAGAGGCCACCUGCUGGCCGUGGCGUCCACCUCGUCCUCAGACGGGAUGCUGACCCUUGACCUCAUCCAGGAGGAGGACUCGGCGUCUCAUAAAGGCGUUGCCUCAGAACCGCCGGCCCGACCCGGUUCGGACUGUCCCAGGUCCCAGAUAGACGGGUCGCUGGUAGACAGGACCGCUGAGUCGUCCUCCAAGUCCCGGAGCCUUCCCUACGAGACGGGUCCGGCCCAGACCCCCCAGCCGGACCGGCGGCUCGGCGGCGCGGAGAAGAACCGCUGCGCCUCCAUGGACGAGAUCCUGAACCCGGACCUCAAGAACCAAACCCCGAUCGGAACCGGCAGAACCGCGGCACCGCUCGGCCGGCUACAGGAGCUCAUCGACCAGAAGCUGGAGCGGACGGAGCGGCUACUGCUGGAGGUCCAGGCCAACGCCGAGCCAGGCGGCGCCAAGGGCGGGAAGCCGGCGCUGGACGGACCGCGGGCCGAGGCGGAGCGGCUCCUGAAGGAGGCGGCGGCCGCCUGGACCCAGGCCCGGCAGGUUCUGGACGAGGUCCAGGAGCUGAAGGCGUUGUACCGCCAGCUGGAGCCCGGCUGCCUCAACAGCACCAAACCCAACCGGAAGAGCCUGAUGUGAACCGACCAGACCAGAACCACGGCCCGGUCUGGACUCUGUUGGAUCCUAAAAACUUCCCGGAGGUUCUGAAGAGCAGAACCUCAGAGUCAGUUUUCCUCAUCAAUCCUGUCAGAAGUUUCUGUUCUGUUGGACCUGGCUGGGUUCCUGAAGCUCCGCCCACAAACGCCUGAACAUCAGGUGUUCUCUCAGGUUCCUGUGGCUUCAGGAAGAACUUUGACCUGAGGUUCUGGUUGGGCUGAUUUCUGGGUGUGGACCCGUCUAAAGUUCUGCUGUAAUAUAUGGAAAUGCUGCUUUUUACUGGAUUUUAAUCCGGUUCAGAAUCUCAAACCCGGAUCAGAACCAACAGACAGAUUUUGAGAGUUCUGGGAGGUUCUGAAGGAAACCAGCUGAUUUUUUUCUGCAGGGAAAAAAGUUUCAGACGUUUUUAUUACAAAGUUGAUCAAAGUCAACGUCUACGCGGAUUAUGGGGUUCUGUUGGCUAUCGGUCCGAUUGGUGUGAGGCCCGGCUCUGGAGGAGCAGGUUCUGCUAUCAGGUUUCAUUACUGUGAAAAUCAUUCAGGUAUGGUUGUGGCAUUAGCAUUAGCAUUUCCCAUCAGCCACUUGAAUUUCAAGAUGACGGCCAUUUUUCAAGAUGGCUGCUGCUUUUUACACCCUUUAAACCAGUUAUUGCCAUGAAACUUUUCCCUUUUUCAAGACUUGGAUGAAUUUUAUGUGUCGUCAUGUUUCGGUCGUCCAGAUCAUGAAACGUUAAAGUGAUAAAUUGCUGCCGUCAGAGCGCGGGAGGGUUAGGGUUAAAUUUCCCAUGAUCCCUACACUGGGAUCAUGGGAAAUUUAAGGGAAAAUACAGGACAACGGCGGCGGGAAAGAGGAGAGAAAUACGGCAGUUUCAAAAUGGGAGACUGGAAGAAGACUAGAGACAGUCAACUUAACAUUAAUGUUUUUUUGUUUAGCAGUUUAGCGUUAGCUUAUGUCUUCAAUGCAUUAGCAUUUGCUAGCAAAGCAUUUAGCAGUUGAGAAAUAGAAUCUGCUAAUUUUUUAAAUUCACCUAGUGGUUUAGCAUUAGUGUAGCUAAGAUUCUUGUUUAGCAAAUUAUUAGUUAUUGAAGCUAACAUUUCAGUUAGCCCACUGCUGGCAAUAACUAAUUUUAUUAUAACCAUGGCAGCCAUUUUGAAACACGUGAUGAAGAAAAUAUGAUGCUAAUGUCUCAAAAUAUGUAGGCUGUGAUUGAAGUACAUUCAUCUAAUUGGUGAUUUUAGUACAAAAACACAAUGGCGGCCAUCUUGAAAAAUCUAUUUAAAAAAAAUGGAUUCAUUUAUACAUGAUUUGACACCAAAGUAUGCAUCUGUGAUAAACAUUUUCAUCUUUAGUGAAAUUUUUUUAAUUGACAACAGUGGUGGCCAUCUUAAAAGAUGGCAGGCAUCUUGAUUUUGUCAGCGGCAAUUUUUGUUGUUAUUUUGUUUUUUCAAAGAAGCAAGCCCUGGUAACAUCUGUGCCAAGUGAGAUUGUAACAUCCGCAUGUUACCUGUUGCUCUGUGGCGUUUUCACUGGGCGGAGAACCCAGCCAUCCAGAACCACCCAAAGGUUCUAUUGCAUCCACAGAGGGAACAGAAGGUCCAUUUAAGUUUUAGCUCAUUUGGCUUUCUGUAGAACAGAACUGACCUGUUCACACCUGCAGGUUUUUUAGAAGGUUCUGCUGAGAACAGCUGGUUCUGACUCUCCUGAGCCGUUCAGAACCAGAACCUGCUGCUUCUCAGGUAGAUUUAAACGGACCGGCCGGAUCACCAGGCUGAAUGUGCCAACAGUUCUUUGGAUCUUCCAUGGAGAUCGGGUUUGAUCCAGAGUGUUGAAUCGGAUCUCCCAUGUGGCGAUUCUUCCUCAGACUGAUAUGGAGCAGUCGGUACCGGCGGAUCCAUUCCAGGAUUCUAACAGAACCGCUAACUCCAGCUGAUGGACCGGCUGGAAAAGGUUCCUCAGGCAGGAUACUCGGCUCUUCUUCCUGUCCGGUUCAGUUUCUUUGGUUCGACCCGAACUGCCCCAACAGACAGGAACCAGAACACCAGCACUGGUUCUGCUCCGUUCUGUAUGAUGUUGGACUGAGCUCUCGUGAAUUUUUCUCUGGAUAGAAACUUUUUCACAGCUGGAAACUGGAUCGACCAGAACCAAAUUAUCUCAGACCCAAACUGAUCCUGGAUCAGACUGGAAUCAAACUGGGUCAGAUUAGAACCAGAAUACAACCAGACUGAAACCCAACUGGAGCAUGCCUGGUUCAUACUGGAACAGGACCGGAACCAGAACGGAGACCAACUGGUCCUGGAGUGACUCCAUCAGGUCAAAGUUCCUUUCGCCGCGUUCCUGCCUCCAUCAUUUUCUAAAUAUAUUCCUGUGGCCUUAAACCCUGCAGGGGAUCAUGGGAGAUGUAGUUCGGUUGAGAUGUGAGCCAGCUGAGAGUUCUGACCGGUUAAUGUGCUAAAAUAAAAUCUGUAAAGUGAA